AGUGGUUCCUAUCAAAAAUUCAAAAUACAUAGACGACGUUAUACAAGAAAGUAGGCAGUUACUGUGUAUUGAAUAUAGUGGCCUGAUAAUUGGAAGGGAGUGAGAAACAUUAUAUGGGCUAUGAGAAUGUAGUAAGACAAUAGGGGUUUAAAAAAGCUGCAAAGGAUUCCCCCCAUACACAUGACAUACACUCCCUAACUUGGCAAUACAGAGGAUCCGACUUCCUCCUCUGCAACAUUUUAUUUAUACUCGUGUUUUUGUGAUAUGUCUAUUUCCUUCUUCCCACUAUCACUCUCACUCUGUGUGUUUAUUCAGUGUGUACUGUAGUACUGGAGCGCGAAUAUCUAAACACCUGAAAACAUACCGAGGCGAGUGAUCAAAGAUUUUAAGGGAUCAAGCUAGCAGUAAUUUUGAGGACUACCGCGAAAGUUGAAGAGAAUGAGAAAUCCUCGGCGUUACUACUGUGUUUAUUCGGUUCUAUUGAUAUUCCUCUUCGCAUUCUUCAUCUUCCCCUCCAUUUCUCGGGACAUCAACUACUUGUUAAACUGCAGAAAUCAUCAUGACUUGCAAAUUCAGAAGAUAUUGAAUGGCGUAAAGAGUGGCAAAGAUGAACGCGAUAUAACAAGGAGGAUUCUAAGAGGGAUAGGGUCAUACCCACCACGCUGCGCAUCCAAGUGUGGAAACUGCAAACCAUGUAAGCCAGUUCAUGUUACUGUGCCUCCAGGGGCACCCGUCCCAGCCGAAUACUACCCUGAAGCAUGGAAGUGUAAAUGUGGUAACAGGUUUUACACCCCUUAAAAAAAUAAUAACCUAUCAUCUAUGUCUGUGUUUUCAUGUCACUUUGGCCGAGUUCCGGCUAAUUAGCUAGAGUUACAGUUAAUUAGUACGGGACUACGGGGUGAUAUACAAGCUAGUGUAUUGAUUUUGAUGAUCAUUUGACACAUUCAAAUCCCGAAUACUAUUACAUUAGCUUUAGCUACACCAACACGGGAAUUGAGUAAUUCAAUUUGGUUUACUCCUCAUUAGUAUGUAUUAUUGUAAAUAGAGGAGAAAUUUGGAUAAUAUAGUACUAUAUAGGUCUACUAAUUGUAAUCAUAUAGUAGUAAUGUCUAGAACCAUGCACCCUUUGCAUGGUUCUGGAUUAUUUGAAACUCAAGAUUUUGCAAUUUAAUGUACGUGCAAUGUUUGUAGUUUUGAUGUGAUA